AUGAAGAACGAGACGACUCCCGUGGACAUCCUGAGGGCCAACUUCGAAGGGGCCACCCUGGCCUCCUGCUACCAGUUUGACGUUCUAGACUUGAACUACUGCUUCCGCUUCUUCGAAGAGUACCGGGCCCCUGACGGGGUCCACUGGAACAUGUUGGUGCACCGCUACAUCACCAAGCUGCUGCUGACUCACGUGGGCAAAGCCUGGGGAGUCGACCUGAAAGAGAAACGCCCACAAAACGGAAUAGCAUGGAAUGGAAAUGCAAAUUGGCACCCUGGGCCACAAUACCAGCCACCACAGUGCCACCCAUCUCCACGAGCCAUGUAUGCUAACGGCGUCUCCUUCGCUCCAUUCAAUCCUAGCCAAGAUCCCAACUUCCAGCACGAUUCCAUUCCUGCCUCUCGGCGCUUCUCUGGAUAUUUAAACUUCGAAGAUGACUGGGAGUUCCCAGCCCACCUGGAAG